AAGUGAUUAAAAUGAAGGUUUACGCAAUUUGCGUAGGGGGAGUAAAAAGCAUAGCCUGCGUAUUUCUCUCUACUUUAGUAAAAUGGCGGAGCUCAAGGAAGCAGACGCCGAACAACUACACCAGGAGGACGUCGAUAUAAAAGGUGGUGGAGUCUCAGACACACUGGUCCCAGAAGAGAGACAGCCUGCUGAGGAUGAUGCAUCUUCAGCCAGUAGUACUGUGGGCAAGACUGAGGCACUGGCAGGGGACAAUGAUGCCAAACCAUCAACCACAAUCAGUGAUAGACACAUCUCUAUCCAGACCAAACUAGAGGGCCUGGAGGUGUUGACCGACCUAAACGGAGCUGGGAGGAAGGCGUGUCCACUAUGCCCCGAGGAGAAGUUUAAGGCCUGCUACAGCCACAAGCUACGACGCCACCUCCAGAACCUCCACUGGAAGGUCUAUGUGGAGUUUGAAGGUCAGAAGAUGUGCAUCUGUCACCUGCCCUGCAGACAGCUGAGGCCCAGCCCCAGCCCCAAUGGAGACCAGGCUCCAGGCAGGCUGGUGGCACAUUACCACUGUGUAGUGUGUUCAGUCACCAUCGCCCGCAAGACAGACAUGAUCAGUCACCUGAAACGCCACGUCAACAAGGGAGAGACUGAGGCCAGCUACUCAGGCAGCUCUGAUGUGCCCUUUGAAGAGCCAGCUCCGUCUGGACAGGCCUAUGAGAUAAUGAAAGAGCUGGGGACCAAUGUUCAGCUCAUGCCCAACCAUACGACCCCACAGAAGACUGACACCUACUUCAACCGCAAGAUGAAGACCAACAGGCAGCUAGUAUUCUGUUCCCUGGCGGUCCUGGCUGAGGAGAGGAACCCCUUGGAGAGUCUGGAUGCGUUUGGAGCCACAGGCAUUAUGGGACUCCAGUGGGCCAAGCACCUGCGGAACGCCGUCAAGGUGACCAUAACCGACAUCAAUGAAGUGUGUGUCAAGAUGAUCCGCGAGAACUGCAACCUCAACCACAUCCGGGUGGAGGGGUCGCGGGGGUCAUCCCGGGUCCCUGACGGGGGGGCGGGGGAUGUGGACGGGGUGCCCAUCGCUACCGUGGAGGUCGCCAAGAUGGAUGCCAACGUUAUCAUGCACCUGAGGUCUUUUGACUACAUACACCUGGACCCGUUCGGCACGGCUGUCAAUUAUCUGGACUCUGCUUUCCGGAACAUCCGGAACCUGGGCAUCAUCUCUGUGACGUCCACGGACACGGGCUCCCUCUACUCUAAGUCCCUGAACGUCACAAUGCGCCACUAUGGCUCGAAUAUAGUCCGCACAGAGUACUACAAGGAGCUGGCUGCACGCAUGGUGCUGGCCACUGUAGCCAGGGCGGCGGCACGCUGUAAUAAGGGCAUAGAAGUGUUGCUGGCGGUGGCUGUGGAACACUUUGUCCUGGUGGUCGUCAGAGUCCUCAGGGGUCCCACCCAGGCCGACGAGUCAGCCAAGAGGAUCAGACAGCUCAUCCACUGCCAGUGGUGUGAGGAGAGGGUGUUCCUCAAACAGGGGAGCAUGGUGGAGGAAAACCUGUACAGACAACUGCCCUGCAACUGUCAUGGAAGCAUGCCUGGCAAGACAGCGGUGGAGCUGGGACCACUAUGGUCUGGUCCUCUGUUUAACUCCGGGUUCCUGAGGAGGAUGUUGUUUGCAGCGGUGCAGCACAGUAUGGAGGAUAUUCAGCCGCUGGUCAAGACUCUGAUCUGUGAGUCAGAGUGCACAACCCUCAAGUCCUCUGUUCACGGGCCCACUGCACUCAUCAACCAAGUGGAAUGUGGUGUAGUCAUCAAGGUACAGAAGGUGGAGGAGUCGGGCACCGCUGACCACUCAGGGAAGAGAAAGACAGGAGAUGAGCCAGGUAAUGUGGUGAAGAAGCUGAAAUCAGAAGGGUCUCUGGAGCACCCAGCGUUCUACUAUGGUAUUCACCGCCACAGCAUCAGAGGCAUGAACAUGCCCAAGUUGAAUAGGUUCCUGCAGUACUUGACGGAGGCGGGCUUCAGAGUGAGCCGUACCCACUUUGACCCAACAGGGGUGCGGACCGACGCCACGCUGGACCAGUUCAAGUCGGUGCUCACCAAAUACAGCGUGCCCACCUACACCAACACCACGACAACCCAAAACCCAGAGGAGACGGUACGGGCUAUGGAGUGACCCACCCUAGGGAGAAUCAAGGCCUCAUCACCUCUUCUCUCCCUCUCAGAGGUGACAUAUGUCUCAAAUGCCACCCUAUUCCCUAUAUAGUACACUACUUUAGACCAGGGUCCAUAACCCUAUUCCCUAUAUAGUGCACUACCUUAGACCAGGGCCCAUAACCCUA